GAGAGUAGGUGGGAGGAAAACGUGGGGAGAGGACAAGGUUAAAAGACGAAAACACAUUAACAACAGAUUCUUUUCCAGAUCUCGGUGUCCUCUUUCUGCUGUUGGGAUUUGCAGUCGAUGACUUGAGAUAACAAAAAUGGCCCAGAGUAACAUUUCUCUCUCAAACGUCACGUUCAUCAGUCCCACAGACGGCAGCAUUGUGCAAGACAAAAUUGCCACCACAGUAGGCGCCCUCAUCCUGAGCCUCGUCUUUGUCUUGGGUUUCCCUGGAAACCUCUUCGUCGUCUGGAGCAUCCUGGCACGGGCCCGAAAGCACAACGUCACCACCCUCCUCAUCCUCAACCUAGCCUUCGCCGAUGGCUCUCUGAUGGCUCUCACGCCGUUCUUCGUCGUCUACUUGGUCAUGAAGAAGUGGGUGUUUGAGAAUGUGAUGUGUAAGCUGCUUUUCUACCUGUGUCUGGCCAACAUGUACGCCUCCAUCCACCUCAUCAUGCUCAUGAGCAUCUACAGGCUGGUGGCGGUGCUGUGGCCUCGCCGCGUCAGUCUCAUCACCAGCCGUAAGAUCGUCCUGCGGUUGCUGGCGGUGGUGUGGGUGCUUGUGAUGAUCGCCUCUAUUCCUGCGAUAAUCUUCAGAGAAGUGAAGAAGUCAGAGGGAGCUUCCUUAGUGUGUGAACCAGUCCAUGAAAAAGACAGUUAUGUGAUCCUCCAGUACACGCUGGAGCUCGUGUUGGGGUUUUUAAUUCCCUACAGCGUCAUUUUAGUCAGCUACAUCUGCAUUUUACGGCGAAUCCGAAAUACCAAGUUCCACCGUCGCACUCGUAGUGAAAAGUUAAUCCUGGCCAUUGUGUUGACCUUCUGUCUCCUCUGGCUGCCCUACCACAUCAUCAACAUGGUGCAGGUUACAUGGGCUUGGUGUCCACAGGGAAAAGUAAAAACAGUGUUGAAUUUAAUAUGGCACAAGAGCCGAGCGGUCACCUCCUCCAUAGCCUUCAUCAGCAGCUGUGUCAACCCAGUGCUGUACUUCUUCGCAGGAAAGUCCUACAUCCGGCGAGAAGGGCUGGCAUUUAUGGCCCGCUUGUUUGAGGGCGCAGGGCUGGACUCAGCCUCGAGAAAGAGCAGACAGAACAGCCAGAACAGCCGUGACAAAUACAAAGACGCAGAUGCCGUCAUGCUAAAGGACAAAGAUCCAGACUCUGCUUCCAACUCGACCUCUAAUGCCAAACCGGUGAAGAACGGUAAGUAGAGGAGAUGAGAUUCAGCAAGAUUGAGGCUGGUGUUGUUCCUCUAUAGGGGAAACCACUCAGACCUUUAAAUCUCCCCGCAGUUACCAAAAAUUUAUCAGUGGUCAUUAUUCACAGAUGGUUCAGGAAAAAACAUAAUGUGAAUCCCUCUUUUCAAUUAGACUGUUACAAAGACUGAAAGGGAUGUCACUGGACAGACUGAUUCUGGAACAGUUUGCAGCCGGACGCAUCCUAAAGUGACAUUGUUAUUUUUGCAGUUGUGCUUAAAACACACAACACGUCAGAUCUGUAUAUUUGAUGAGAUUUGAGUCUUGCUCUGCUUUGAACUAUUGGAACUGGAGUAUAAGUAUACGGCCCUUUCUCAUCCCAAAGUCGUCAAAUACCACCACUUUGUCAGUGCUUUCUAUGUAAGAAGCCAAAAGCCACCUUUCUUAUCGGCAUGCUACGCCGCUGGACGGUGUCAGCUGAGAACGUGGCCAUACAGAACCAGCUGGGGUGUUAUUAUAUGCAGGCAGAUGGCCGGACAGCAUCUGCUGCAUCCACAUGAUGCUUGGAGUGUGCAUUAUGUAGGAUGGCGUCAUGUUGAAACACUGCCUUCAACUAUGUAAUAUAAGGAGCAAGAGGGCACCUAUAGGGGAGGCAGGAAGGGUCAUGGAUGGGUCCAGCAAACCCCAGACUUUGAUCCAGAAGUCCGGUGUUCACUUCCCAUCCAAAUGUGAUGUUUUUUUUUAUGUGCAUUUGUGUACAACACAGCAUUGGUUUCCAUGUGCUUUUGUUGUCUAAACAAAACCAGGUGCAGCAUUAUCCAGGCAUGUGCUUGCGUUGACAUCCCAAAGUGUCAACAGCAGACGCAGAGGGGAACCUAAAACAUAAUAUGUGGACGUUAGAGUCCACGGCAAAGUGGCAACAUGUGACAAUUUGGGAUGAGAACGUGUUGGAUAUGGGCCUUUGCUCAUUUGCUCUUAACUAUUGGAACUGUGGAGUAUAAAAAAGGACCCAGGUGGUACCUUGUCUUUACUGUACGUUUUUUUUAACUUUUACUUUUACUGUAAUGUCUAAAUGAUUCCUUUUUUUUUGGUAAGAUUUUUCUGUGUCAUUUUGUUAAGAAUAUUUUUUAUGUGAAAAUGCCUAAAGGAAGCACAGAAAUGUCAAAAUGAACUAAAACAGUGAAUACUUUUACAGAUCACUGAUGAGCAUAAUUUGAGAGCUCAGGCUCCGCAGAUGCGCUAGACUUUUUUUUUUUUAAUAUUCACAAUUAAACGUUUGCUUUACAUGCUUCUCUUUUAAUUUUCUUUUGUUUUAGCUGCAUAAAUUCACUUUUUGGCCAUUUGGUGGCAGUGGAAGCAAGCGACAAACUCUGGGGCUGAAAAGUGAAGCCAGUAAUGCUAAAAACGGUGGUUCCUUGAAUAGCCACUCAAGGCUGGCUCAAGUCAGUCCCCACAGACCCCAAUGUUAAAAUACCCAACUUUACAGCAGAAAUAAAUUGUGAAAUAAAUAAAAAUGUUUACAGAAAAAAAA